AUGGACCAUUUGCAGACUGAGGAUGGACAUCACUUUAUUCGCUCUUUGGCGCAGUUCAUCCGCCAGCAUGAGAAGGCACUCGCAAACAGUUUGCAGCUGUCUGUGCACAGACGACAGUCUUCAUUAAAUCUCAAAUCUACGAGCCCUACCGCCGUAACCUCUGGGAUCACAACAUCUAGCACGAACACGUCCUCCAGCGCGUUGGCUGCAGCAUUUUCUCUCGCAGGUCUGCAUUUCAGGUCGCAUGCUGCAAAAGCCGCCCUCCUGACACUGACCCCUCACCACCUAUUCUACCUCCUUUCCCGAAUGGAAGAGCUGGACAUAACCGUUGGGCCGAUGAGCAUUCGCCUGGAGAACCUUAAUACCGACCCGUCACCCGCAAAUUAUGUGUCCUUCCUCCAGUCACAUAAACCAGCCAAGGGGCGUAGCGAUAAAGACUCCAUUCACUCCGUCUCCAGCAUGCGCAGUGUAAUGUCAGGGAUGAGUAGCUUUUGGUCGACCAUUGGUCUUGGAGGCGGCACUUCAAAAACCGAAAAGGCAAAGGCACUCACUGAGGCCGACUUGACCUACCUCUACUCUGCUUUCACCAAAUUACCGUCGCUAAGACUGACGGCCGAUCAUCGAGCCAGGCUCAUACAAGGAUACGAGGAGUUUCCGUUUGAUACCGCCGUGCCACUAUUCGCUUUCAAAAACCUCCAACAGCUGGAUAUCGUGGAUAUUGACUUUCGUCAGUUCUAUGGCUGGGACAGACUAGCGGAGCAGCUCACCCUGCUCACAGUCAAACGAGCCAACCUGGACGAUCCUGCAGAAUUACUCACCAAUAUCAUCCUCGAUGACGCCGAAAAGAGGCGAAGACGGACAACCAAAGGUGCACGUGGCUCACCCACGUUAACGGGAUCGUGGACUGUCCCCUCCACUCCACGUGCUGGUUAUACGCAGUCACAUUCUGACCCAGGCUCUCCAGCCGAAGGAAGCCUGGACCACGAGGACUUCCUGCCCAAAGACAAGUACGUUUCCGGUAGCGUUUCGCCGAAAAGGCCUACACCGUCUCGCCCUACGAGCUCAUAUAAGCACGUACGCUCCCAUUCUUCCAAACCCAAAAGGUCGGGCUCUGGCAGUUCGAAUUCGAGUGACUAUGCGAUCCAGCCACAUCGUAGUGACAGUUCUUCCAGUUUACUCAGCUUGAAUAUACUACCCUCGACCAAGUGGCAGAGGCUGAAAUAUCUGUCGCUGGCUGACAACUCACUUACCACGAUAUCGGCCAAGAGUCUGGCUCCAGUCGCAACUACACUGCGAUCUCUUAAUCUGUCGUCGAAUCUUUUCACCGAGAUCCCGGACAGCCUUGCGUCUUUGACCCGACUUGUAUCCCUUGACCUGUCGAAUUGUAUGAUUGCUUCUCUGCAGUCACUUUCGAAGUUUCCUCUCCCAGCUGUCCUCACAGUUAAUCUGAAAGCAAACCGGCUGCGGUCACUCGCAGGCGUUGAGAAGCUCCUCUCUCUGGAACAACUCAACAUCCAGGACAACCAGCUUUCCGAUCCCAUGGAGAUGGCAAGGCUCACCUGUAUUCCAAACUUGAAGCGCAUCUGGGUCAAGCGCAACCCAUUUACGAAGACUUCGUCUGACUAUCGUGUACUCACCUUCAACCUGUUCAGGAAGACUCCAGGCUACGUUGACGAUGUGAUCAUCGAUGAAGCCGGGCCUGGCUUUACCGAGCGCAAGCAGCUGAUCGAUCGAGUUCCCGAAGUCGAAACCCGGAUGGCCCCACCUUCAAUUCGCAUUGUCGAGUCUCCGGUCAUUGUGCAGCAGACCGAGCCAUCCGAAUCGGAUCCAUCCCAGCAGGGUGAAGACCUCGUGACCACGACGCGCCGCAAAAGGGCCGCCCGCAGACGCAUCGUUGAUUUGGCCAAGGAACAAACUUUUGGCCGUGUUCCGGACGAGGACAUUGCGGCCACCAUUCCAUUGGAGUCCAAUUCGAUGGAUCAGCAAACAAUGCCAGUGGAAGACCGAUCGCCUGUACCAGCAUCGAAUCUGGGUUCAAGCCAGGAGGAUGAUUUGUAUGAUGGCUCCACCCAAGCCGCGUCCGUCGAUUCCAGUGACCAAGCGGCCCAGGAGGAUGACUACCGAGCCAAAGUCGAAGCUUUGCGACAAGAGUUUGGAAGUAAUUGGCUCAGUGUCCUGGGAGACCAGAAUUGGCACAACAGCCAUCACAUGGAGUUGACACAGGGACAGGACUUGGGACGUCAUUCCUUACAUCGUUCUGGUCAACCAGUUAUUGUCAGUGGUGGGCGAACUUUGGGCUGA